AUGCCAAAAACUAAAAGUGUCUCCCUCAUUAUUGUAAUAAAGCUAAUUCUUGAUGAAACAAUUAUUCAUGAGCCUAUGUUUCAGAGCUUCAAGCACUCUAGAUCAUCAUUCCCUGACGUGAUUCUACCAGGAAUAACAAAAAAUCAGAUGUUCUUCAUCAUUUACGCUCAGACAUUCUGUGAAGCUGACGUAAAGGAAUCUCGUAAUAUCAUAAAUAAAAGAAGACUGAAUGAUUUCGCAUCAAAAUCUUCUGCAUUCCACGAAACAUUUCAUUGUGAAUCUUCUACACCUUUUGAUUGUUCAACAUUUGUACCAUAAUCACUUUUGUAAUUAGAUUGUUUUCUUUUUUUUAAUUGAAUAAAAUUUAUGGAGAUUCAGGAAAGAAUCAUGCAAA